AUCCAUCGGCCCAUUGUUUGUCAGUCACAGAUUUAGUGUCGAUAGAUAGAUAGUGAGUAGAACCAGCAGAGUUUAGCCAGCAGUCGUGUGCGAAAAGAAAACAAAACGCAAAACGAACCAAAGAAUAAAUCAAAAGAAACUGCAUACCAUAGGCGAAUACUAAAAGUCGCAGGCAAAUUAAUUCAUUCAUUGUUGAACGAAAAAAGAGAAGCAGAAAGAAAAAAAAAUGUGUGCCACCAGAGCUGUCCUUGUUCUUUUGUUCGCUGUUAUCGCUUGUGCCGUGGCCAUUCCAGCUGCAAUGCCACAGCCAGCAUCGCCAGGAGCACCAGUCGGUGUUGCUCCACGUGGAUUGGAAAAACGACAAAUCGACACACUCGAAACUGGAGCUGGAGCUGGAGCUGUAGCUGAACAAGGCCAAGAUUUGAAAGGAUCAUCGUCAUACGGCUAUGGAUUCUAUGGCGGUUACCCAUACGGCGGUUAUGGACAUCGACCAUACUACGGAGGUUAUGGAUACCCAUUCUAUGGCGGCUAUGGAGGCUAUGGAUAUGGAUACCCAUACUACUACCGAUCAUACUAUCCCUAUCGUUCAUAUGGAUACGGCUAUGGCUACUAUGGUGGCUUCUACUAAUAGCGUAUUUGGUGAUCAAUUCAUGUGGAACGAGCAUUCUUGAACCAAAACAAUUAACUCAACCAUUACUUUCAUCUCCCUCUGAUGUAUCCUCUUCAGCCUUAGAUGUUCACAUCAUUUUGAGUUUCCCUACCAUUUUUAUGUGAUUUUCCAAUUUUUUUUUUUUGCUUUUUUGAUCAUUUCAAAUAAAACGCCUCUUUUUU